GCCCAUGUUCGUUCGGCAGCGACAGUCUAUUCAUUUGUACCAUCGUAAGUUGAACGGUAUGAGUUCGAUAACACAACCAACAAUAAUUAUUAUAAAUCUUUUGUCGACGAUGGUUUGGUGCCAUCCUGAUGCUCUACAACUAAUCAGUCGACUGAAUAAUUUUUAUCGUUUCGAUCAUAACAUUUUCUUCAUGGACCCCUCAAUCGAUCUCGAUGAUUGGUUUUCAAUGGCAUGGAGAUCCAAGCUGGACAACUUAACCCCUCAGACACUUUGCACUUCCGGCAACCUCUCGACACAAACAUCUGCAACUGCUACAGCCGGAAAAAAUACGUUUCUAGUUGUUGUCAUCAAAGGUUUAACAGUUGAACGAUUGCAAGUGUUGGCUCACGUUAGGGACAUUCAUGCGCAUGUAAAUGUGAAAAUUGGUGUGUUUUUCGCUGGCAAAAUUACAUCUUUGGAUAUCAUAGAGCGAUUAUUCCGGUGGAGUUGGAGUGCUGGAAUUGUGAACCUUUUUAGCGCAUUUCAGUUGAGUGUUGAGGGUUCAUUAAACGUUUUCAAGUACGAUCCUUUUGGAGCAUUAACCAUUAAUGUGACAAAUGCAUCGCAAAAACUCUAUCCACAUCGACAGUCAAGGCUAGUCAUAAUAGUUCCGCAUUCACAGCCCUUUUCUGGUUUUGUGGCCUAUUUACGAAAUGGAACCUGGAUGCUUUUCUCCGUCUACACUUUUAUUGUGAUUGUGGCGGCAUCGCUUCUACUAAUAGUUUCAGGCUAUUUGCGUAAAAAUGAAUUUUUUCUUUUCGAAUGUGUUACCGACGUCGUGAAUGUAUUAAUAAACGAUAAUGCAGCCAUCAGAUAUCAAAAUCUUUGUCGCGCCGACGUCCUUGUGAUAGUACCUUUAACAUUCGCAGGAUUCAUUGCCAUGAAUGGUAUACUUUCAGUCUUCCAAAGUUACUUAACAUCACCAAUUUACCAGCCUCAAAUCAACACAAUCAAAGAUCUCCACAAAUCCUCGGUUCCGAUUUUGGUUAAUAAGGCGGAAUUGAAAGGAUUGACUUAUAUUUUGGAAGACCUUUCGAAGUAUGGUGGUUGGUCCGACAAAUUUCAUGGAAUACAAAUGGAUCAAUUAAAGAAGGAAAUUGGAACAUUUAACAAUUCAAUCGCAUUUUUUGCAUUCGACUACCAGGCACAAGCAUUGUUAGAAGUGCAGAAACGGUUAAGUUUGAAAGCGUUUCAUUUACUAAGGGAUACGUUUCUCGCUAAAUAUCCAAUAUCGUUUGAGAUCAGACUGAAUUUCCCUUUCAUUGAACAGAUAAACGUAAUAAUUCACUGGCUGAAUGAUGCGGGAUUGAUCAACAAGUGGGUCGAAGAUAGUGAUGAAGUAAAGGAGAUGUGCAAAAUAAAUAUUAGCCCCCCCAUUAAAAUCAGCGGCGAAUCUGACUUGGGUGAAUUUGCAGUGUUGACUGUUAUGUGGUGUGGUUGGAUUGCAAGUGUAAUGGUUUUCAUUGGCGAAGUAAUUUGGAACAAAUUCAAGAAUCAUCGACUUUUCGACCAGAGGCCGGAUUAAGCUUGCUUUCUAGAUACGAGCAGCAUACGAGGCUCCGCGAGGUUCACGUCUUAUGCAAAACACAUAUUUGACCACGUAUUAAGAACGA